CAUAAUCAAAUACUAGAAAACAAAAAGGUUAGUCUGCCUCUCAAAAAUAAAUGGAAAUCUUUUCCACACUGCUCUUCUUCAGCGAAACUUCUAUUAGUGUAAUUUUCCAGCCUUAAACUACAUCUAUAAGACUAUUAUUUGUCACAUAACUAAGAGCAAGUAGAAAUAACAAUGAAAACUACAUUACUUUCAUUCUUUCUCUGCUACUACUUCAUUCAUCUCAAUGUUGUUGUCUCUGCCAAAUGUCUCCAAGAUCAACAAUCAUUGUUGCUCCAAUUUAAAAACAAUUUCACAUUUGAUCCUCAAUUUUCCACCAAACUAAAAUCAUGGAACGAAAACACUGCAUGUUGUAAUUGGAGUGGUGUAACAUGUGACAACGAGGGACAUGUUAUUGGCCUUGAUCUAAGUGAAGAAUCAAUCUAUGGUGGAUUUGAUAAUUCAAGUAGUCUUUUUGAUCUCCAACAUCUCCAAACCUUGAAUUUGGCUUAUAACAAUUUUGGUUCUCCCAUUCCGUCAGAAUUCAGUAAGUUGGUGAUGCUGAAUCAUUUGAAUUUGUCAAAAUCUUUCAUUGUGGGGAAUAUUCCUAAAGAGAUUUCAAAGCUUACAAGCUUAGUUACUCUAGAUCUCUCUUCUAUUUAUAGCUUUUCAAAAGAACAAGGGCGGAAAAUAAGCGACCGAAAUCUACAUUCAUUUCUCCAAAAUCUAACCAGUCUUAAACAACUGUAUCUAGAUGGUAUAAAUAUAUCAACUAUGGGACAUGAAUGGGGAAAUGCUUUGUUGCAGUUGCGCGACCUACAAGAGUUGAGUAUGUCUGGCUGUGAUCUAUCAGGACCCCUUGAUUCUUCCCUCACUAAAUUAGUGAACCUAUCUGUCAUUGUUCUUGACGGGAACUAUUUUGCAUCCCCAAUUCCAGAAACAUUUUCGAAUUUGAAAAAUCUAACCACCCUGAAUCUUCAUGAUUGUGGAUUGAUUGGUACAUUUCCACAAAAAGUCUUUCAAAUUAAAACACUUUCAGUUAUUGAUUUAUCAGGAAACUACAAUCUUCAUGGGUCAUUUCCAGACUAUUCAAUGAGUGAAUCACUUUAUAGAAUUAAUUUGGAAAGCACACAAUUCUCUGGAACAAUUCCACACACUAUUAGCAACAUGAGAUUCUUAUCUCAUUUGGAUCUUUCUUAUUGUCAAUUUAAUGGAACACUUCCCAACUCAAUGUCAAACCUUUCACACCUUACCUACGUCGACCUUUCUCAUAAUAGUUUAAGUGGUGAUAUUCCUUCGUCCCUUUUUACACUCCCAUCAUUGGAGGAGGUACAUCUUUCCUUUAACAGCUUGAAUGGGUCACUGCAGCUAGAUGAGGUUUUAAAGCUUAGAAAUUUAACUACACUAGACCUUUCUUACAACAACAUAUCAAUCGAUGUGAAUGUUGCAAAUGUUGAUUUGUCUUUUGUUCCGAAAUUUAGAUAUCUAAGUUUGGUAUCCUGCAACUUGAAGUCAUUCCCUAGUUUCUUGAUAAAUCAAUCAACAUUGUUCUCUCUAGACCUUUCAAAUAACCAAAUUCAAGGAAAAAUACCAAACUGGAUAUGGAAAUUACAAGAUCUUGAAAAUUUUAAUAUUUCUCACAAUUUGCUCACUAAUUUAGAAGGACCUUUUCAAAAUCUUACUUCCAAAUUGGGAAGUCUUGACCUUCAUAACAACAAACUGCAAGGGUCAAUACCUUCUUUUCCUAAACAUCCUUAUUUUUUGGACUACUCAAAAAAUAAUUUUUCAGUUGUCCCACAAUAUAUUGGAAGUAACCUAUCAUCCAUGGAAUUCCUAUCUUUUUCUCACAAUAACUUACAUGGAAGCGUCCCUAAUUACUUGUGCAAUGCUUCACAACUUCAAAUCCUAGAUAUUUCCUUCAACAAAUUUUCUGGAAUAAUUCCUCCAUGUUUAUUGACAAUGACAGGUAACUUUGAACUUGAAGUGUUAGAUUUGAGAAAUAAUAGUCUCACUGGCUCUAUACCAGAUAUGUUUCCAAAAUUUUGUUUUGUAACCAGAUUAAACUUCCAUGGAAAUCAAUUACAAGGGCCAAUUCCAAGGUCUCUAUCCCAUUGCUCAUUUUUAGAGGUUUUUGACAUUGGAUCAAAUCAAAUUGUUGAUUAUUUUCCAUGCUUCUUAAAUGAAAUACCAACACUUAGUGUCUUGGUUUUGAGGAAUAACAAAUUUCAUGGUUCUAUAGAAUGCUCAGAAAAUAAACCGUGGAAAUCGAUUCAAAUUGUGGACAUUGCUUUCAACAAUUUCAACGGAACACUACCUAAAAGGUAUUUUACAACCUGGGAAAGAAUGAUAUAUAAUGAAGAAGUUGCACGUGACAUCAACUACAACAUGUCACUCGACUACCCUUAUUAUCAUGAUAGUGUUACAGUUACAUGUAAAGGUCAACAACAAGAUUUGGUUAAAAUUCUAACAAUUUUCAAAGCCAUUGAUUUCUCAUUCAAUUCUUUUGAAGGACCAAUACCCGAGUCGUUGAUGGACUUGAAAGCACUUUAUAUUUUGAACUUUUCAAACAAUGGUCUUUCAGGUGAAAUUCCAUCUUCGAUAAGGAAUUUGAAACAGUUAGAGUCAUUGGACUUCUCAAAUAACUCCUUGGAUGGUGAAAUUCCUGUGCAGCUAGCAAGUUUGACCUUCCUUUCUUAUUUGAACCUUUCCUUCAAUCAUUUGGUGGGAAAGAUCCCAACAGGUACUCAACUUCAAUCGUUUCCAGCUUCUUCCUUUGAAGGAAAUGAUGGACUAUAUGGCCUUCCAUUAAAUGAAACACAAGAUGUUGAGAGGAAGGACUUGCAUCCACAACCAACAUGUGAAAGCAUAGUUUGUUUAAUAGACUGGAACUUUUUAAGUGUAGAAUUGGGAUUUGUUUUUGGACUCGGAAUGAUUAUGGGUCCAAUCAUGUUUUGGAAAAAAUGGAGGGUAGGUUAUUGGAAACUUGCAGACAAAAUUCUCUGCAAAAUAUUUCCUUGGAUGCAUCUGGAAUAUGAAACUCACAGAGGACAAACUUACACAGUUUUAAGGUGGUAGUGGCAUUAGGAUCUAAUGUGUGUGGUAA